AUGGUAACUCCGGAAUUCAAGCGCGUUGAACGCUACAUUUGGGGAUUGGCCCCGGAAUUUCGCGGCAUGGUGACUUCAGCCAAACCCCAGACAAUCACUGAGGCUGUAACUCUGGCUGUCAGCCUUACUGAAGACUGUGUUCGCAUGGAGAAGCUAUCACUGAACCUGACAGAAAACACCAAGAUGCAUGCUGAGUCGUCCGCUGGCAAGAAAAGGAAACAUGCAAACUUGAAUCAAGCAACUCGUAACAACAAGGGUUCAAACAAGAAGUGUGGCCCCAACCCGCCUCAGGAGGCAAAAUCGCUUGCAGCCAUGAACGACGCUCCAGCUAAGGGAUACCUGGGCACCUUGCCCAAAUGCCAUCGGUGCAAACGCCAUCAUGAGGGAGUUUGUCGCAUCUCAAAGUGUGACAAGUGUGGAAAGUUGGGUCACCGCACUGAAGACUGUUGGAGUAAGAGGAACGGGAAUGGAAAUCAUAAUGGGGCUGAUAAUAGAAACAAUGGUGGAAAUGGAAAUGGUGUUGGCAACGGAAAUGGGCGAAACCAAGGAUGUUUCAGUUGUGGAAGCAAUGAUCAUUUUUUGAGUAUUUGUGCGGUUCUGGAGACGCAUGUGAAUGUUAAUAAGCUUGAUAAGGUUUGUAAGGGGGUCUUUCGUAGGUGGAAUUGGACAUCGAAUGGCGGUCUUUGUCAAAGAGGAACCAGAAUUAUUUUGGGGUGGAAUACAGAGGAUGUUGAUCUCAUGGUGCUCUCACAAUCUGACCAGGUUAUUCACACUCAAGUUCUGUUAAAAGCUGAAUCCAAAACCUUUCUUUGUUCCUUUGUCUAUGCGGAAAAUAAAUAUCAAGAUCGUAGAUCCCUUUGGGAGGAUAUCUGUAAGCAUUCUAGUUUAGCUCGUGAUCAACCUUGGGUAGUGUUAGGGGAUUUUAACUCAGCUCUCAAUAUGGAGGAUUGUCUAUACGGUCCCUCGAGUCACACCAUUAGUAUGAGAGAAUUUUUUGAUUGCAUCCAAGUUGCUGAGCUUGUGGAUGUUCGGAGUCAUGGGCUUCAUUACACUUGGAACCAAAAGCCUAGAGAAGGGAUUGGAGUUCUCAAGAAAUUAGAUCGUAUCAUGAGUAACAUUAAAUUUAUGGAUUUAUUUCCUCAUGUUUAUGCUUUGUUUCAGCCGGCUCGGGUCUCUGAUCACACCCCCUGUAUCUUAAAGUUACCAUUUAUUCCUCGUAAAAAGCAGAAGCCGUUUAAAUUCCCAAAUUUCCUGACUGCUAAACCGGAGUUCAGGCAGCAUGUUGUUUGUGAAUGGGCCAAGGAUGUUCAAGGUUAUGCUAUGUUCUCGGUUACUAGGAAAAUGAGAAAUCUGAAACCAUGUUUACGUAAACUCUUACACCAACAGGGGAACCUUCAUGAAAAGGUUAAAAGGCUGCGUAAUGAGCUGGAUUCGGCCCAGCAGUUAGUUGAUACUAAUCCCCUUGACGUAGAAGCUCGUGUCUUGGCUGCCAAGUGUCUACAUGAUUUUCAGGAGGCGGCCUAUGACGAAGAAUGUGAGGAUGUUACUUCGGCCCUUGUGGAGCAUUAUUCGAAUUUUUUGGGUACUGAUCAGAUAGUUCAGAAUUUUGAUGAUGAAGACCUCUUUGUUAAUACCCUUAGCCAAGUAUCGGCUGAUAACAUGGUAAGACAAGUGACUCGAGAGGAGGUUGAAACAGCCAUGUUUAGCAUUGGUGAAAAUAAGGCCCCGGGCCCUGAUGGAUUCACUUCUGCUUUCUUUAAACAAUCGUGGGAUAUUGUAGGAGAUGAGGUAACGGAUGCGGUUCUGGAUUUCUUUCAAAAUGGUAAACUUCUGAAACAAGUCAACCAUACGAUCUUGGCACUCGUUCCUAAAAAGGAUACUCCUAACUCUGUUAUUGACUACCGUCCUAUUUCUUGCUGUAAUGUACUCUUUAAGUGCAUCAGUAAGAUCAUCACAGAUAGGAUUAAAGGGAGUUUGGAAAGCUUGGUCAGCAUUAACCGGUCGGCGUUUGUUCCGGGUAGAAAAAUCACUGAUAAUAUUCUCCUGACGCAAGAAUUGAUGCAUAAUUAUCAUCUUAGUAGAGGCCCGGCUAGAUGUGCUUUUAAAAUUGACAUCCAAAAGGCAUACGAUACAGUCAAUUGGUCUUUUCUAGAGACAAUCCUCAAUCGAUUUGGUUUUCAUAGUAAAAUGGUGAAUUGGAUCAUGUCAUGUGUUUCAACGGUGACCUACUCGCUGAGUAUUAACGGGGAACUUCAUGGUUAUUUUGCGGGAAAACGUGGUCUUAGACAAGGAGACCCUUUGUCUCCGUAUUUGUUCACUCUAGUAAUGGAAGUCUUGACCCAACUUUUGCAGCAAGCAGCCUCGCAGACGUCGUUUAAAUUUCAUGCUCGUUGCUCAAAACAAAAGAUAGUAAGUGUCUCGUUUGCUGAUGAUUUAUUUGUUUUUUCUCAUGGUGAUAGUGUUUCGGUUAAACAUCUGAGAGAUGCUCUUGGAAAGUUCACUAAUAUCUCGGGUCUUGCCCCUAGUCCUUCUAAAAGCACGGCUUUCUUCAGUAAUGUUCCUCGGCACAUUAAGAAUUUAAUUCUUGAAGUUAUGCCCUUCCACGAAGGCUCCUUGCCGGUUUGGUAUCUCGGAGUACCACUGAUAUCAACUAGACUCGCGGCCACUGACUGCAAAAUUCUUUUGGAGCGUGUUGAAAGAAGAAUAGAUAACUGGGUGUCCAAAUCCUUGUCUUUUGCUGGAAGACUCCAGCUUAUUAAUUCGGUAUUGGCAGCCAUGUAUUCUUAUUGGACUUCGGUCUUUAUGCUUCCUCAUGGUGUUAUUAGAGAUUUGGAGAAAAAAAUUGCGAUCCUUUUUAUGGAAUGGGGGUUUGCAAGGUUCGGCUCGGGCAAAAGUGGCAUGGAAACAUGUUUGUACUCAUAA